AGAUAGCUUCUUCAUUACGUUGAUUUUACUUAGGUUAUGACCUUAAACUGGGCAGUUUGGUCACUUUGAUCCUCAAAAUUUGAAUGCAUCAAGUGUGAAGUAGAUUGGACUAAAUGUUAUUGAUAAUGCUGAUAAAGAGAAAUCUGUUUUAUCCAAGAACGUGUCUUUAAAAGUCGUACCUGAAUGCAUCAUCCUGCAGACUGCACAGGUAGCUGCACCUUCAAUCUAACAUUCAUGGAGGUGUCAGACCUUAGCCUUUCUUCUAACACCACCUUCAGGCCAAAUAUCCUCCUGCUGGACAAAUAAAUUAAUAUUUUUCUUCUCAUCAUAGUACAAAAAUUGAAAAUAGAUAUAUGAAAGCCUUUACAUUUCUGAGUUAAGGAUUUUUAAAUAAGAAACAUUAAUUUUUUUUCUGAAAUGAAAUUGACUUAGUGAAUCAAUCUAUACAGCAGGAAAGAUCAGUGUAGUGUUUUCUACCUUUGAUGUGUUCUCUAUGUCUUUUAACUGUUUUAAUGUAUGGCUUAACUCUAUUUUGACUAAUGGUUUGCACAGUCUGAACACUUUUGGUGACAGAGUUGCGUUCUGGCUGUCAUGUAUUUGCCAUGUAUUAUGAUAAUUAGCUCAAUAAACUUGAGUGUGGCCCGUAAAGGAAAAUUCUACAGUCAAGAUGCAUAAUGACAACUCGGAAUCAACCUGUAAACCAUGUAGUGUUAGUCCAAAUAGAAUAUAUGAACCCAAUUACCUGUAGCUUCUCUUGCAAAACAGUAUGUAACAGAUUAAACCCCCACUGUGAAUUAAUUCCCUAUCCAGUCACAUGCCACAGUGUGUUGAUUAUGAAAGAAGAUCUCCCAUGUUUCAUAAGAAACAGUGGGCCUCUUGUCUAGAAAUGUCACUUUCCCUCCGCUGCUUACAAUAUCUUAAUAAGCUUGCACUGAACCACUAAUCUUUAAAGAGCUGCACUGCCUGAAGUAGCACACAUCUGAAGGGAAAACUUGGGCUACAUUUUGAAGAUUGGUUUUUCUCUUAAAUUUAAUUUUAUUGCCUUAUAGGGAUAAUUAACAAUGACUUCAACACUUGCGAUAGUUUUCCACAUCUCUGCAUUCAGUUGGUACGCUUUUAUUGUUAAAUCUCUGGCUGCAAAGGAUGGAGAGGAGUUACCUGCAGGGAUCUUUGUGUAUGGAGGACCAUGGAAGUAUCUCACUUUUCUGAACUUGUUACUACAAAUGGUCUUCUUUGGACUGGCAGCAGUGAAUGAUCUUCAGCCAGAGAAAAAGGCAGAGAGCACCCUGAAUAGAUGCAAAGACCUCCUCUUUUCUGUUUUUGGUUUCCCUGUUGGCAUGUUUGUUGUUGUACUUUUCUGGACGAUCUUUGCCUAUGACAGAGAAUUAGUCUACCCAGCUACUAUUGAUACCUUCUUCCCUCCUUGGAUAAACCACGCCAUGCACACAUUUGUCCUCCCUAUUUUGCUUGGAGAAGUGCUGGUGCAGCCUCACACUUACCCACAGACUAAACAUGCACUGGCAGCACUGGGAGUUGUGGGCUUGGGCUAUCUGUCCUGGAUUAUAUGGGUGUAUUUGUCCGUGGGAAUCUGGGUGUAUCCUCUUCUUGGUCACUUCAGCACUGCUGGUCUGGUCGGUUUCUUCUUUUUUAACAUGUCUGUGGUGACCUUGCUCUACCUGCUUGGGGACAACCUAAACAGCCUCGUCUGGAGUAAGACAAAUGUUUAUCUCAAAUAA